CUAAGAGGGUGUUUUUUUGCUGGCCUGGAGGUGCUUCUGCUUCUGCUUGGAUGUAGGGCCAUGCCUUUGGCCAGGGCAGCAGGAAGGGCUACUGUUGAACUGUUGACAUCCAACGGCUUCUCUACUCACAGAAAAGGAAUUUCGCUCGUCUUGCCAGCGUGGCUGAACUGUGGCAUGAAGUAGAAAGACGGUUUUCCAGCCCUGCCUAAGCCACAGUUCUGCCGUGGAUUAUGAAGGAGAUGCCAGAACCUCGAAUGGCAAAACCAUAACAACUUUAAUUAGUGCCUUGUUUUGGACAUCUCUCUGGCAACAUUCUCGGUCAUUGCUUUCACCUCACAGCCUCUUUCCCCGUUUGACGGAACGGUCCCUCCAAAGGCGGUUUAGACACUUGCAUGAGAUCUUGAGACUGAAACCCAAACGGUGGGUAUAAACAUGAGGCCUCUUUCUCCAGGAGAUGGACUUUCUCCUCUCGGGCUGCUCAACCGCGGGCCGGACUACCUCCGCAAGCAGCUGGAGGUGAGCAGCACAGGACGAACCCCAAGUGCUGUGGAAAGGCUAGAAGCGGACAAGGCCAAAUACGUCAAAUCCCAGCAGGUGAUCAACAGCCGUCAAGAGCCCGUGUUGCUCUGCUACACCCUCCAGGCCUCCCCUUGCUGCAGAAGACCGCUGACCCUGCACCAGCACAGCGAGUUCUCUCAAGGCUUGGCAGCAGGCCAGGAUGGCCUCGGACCCAAAAAGUUGCCUCCUUCUCCUCAGUCGCCCAUAGCACGGAGAGGGGGCGGCCGGCGCAUGCUGAGGCCUGACUCGCUCGUCAUCUACCGGCAGAAACGGGACUGCUCGGCCGUCAACAAGGAGAACAGCAAAGGCUACGGCCUAGUGAGGUGGCUGUUUCAGGGCCCCCUGAGAGAGGGACUUAGCAGCCACCCUUCCUCGCGGGGCGUGUUAGGAGACGGACAGCUUCAAGCGACUCAAGAGGAGACCUCCAUGGUCUGGGUGCCGGCGGAGAAGGAGGAGACGAGAACAAUCCGUUCGGUAGGCAUCCUAGCCAGCUCUGAACCAAGUCAGGGACCCCUGUCCACCUGCCAGCUGGAAACGGACCACAUUUCUCCCUCCUCAAGCUCAUGCCCAACAGACUCCAAGAAAGAGCUGGGGCUGAGCUAUUCGCUUCCUCUCUCAGAGAAAGAGCGCUUUUUUAACUACUGUGGCCUGGACCGGAACCUGGUGGAGGUGUUGGGAGUGGAGAGGUUCAAGCCAGGUUGCUGGGACACUGGUUCACCCUGCCUGCUAGUAGGGAGUGUGGGGUCAGCCACUUCCGAGUACGGCGGUCCCUCCCACAAUGCAGAGGAUCUGUCUGCCGAAGAGAAGCUGCCCGCCUCAGUCUCUGUCAUCGAGAGAAAUGCCCGUGUCAUUAAAUGGCUUUACAGCUGUCAGCAGGCCCAGACUGUAGCCAAGGAAUCCACAGUGUAAGCAAAGAACCUGGCCUCCAAGGCAGCUCCUAACACAACGAGGGAAGGCUGGGUGGUCGGGCCUUUCGGUUCCCAUAAGGGUGUAAGGGCCUUGUUUGAAGGCGUUGGCGACGUUCCCAUCCUGGAAAGCUGAGCAGAAGAAGACAUUACAUCUUUAGCUAGGUGUGUUGCCUCUCAGUGUGGCAUUAAGAUGGACCGUCUGAGUACGAGGGAUGUUGUCUAAAACAGCUCUGCAUCGACCUCGUAUAGGUAUCACUGCAGAGUAGAUAAGGAUACACCUGUCAGGACUUACUGAGGCCUAAAUUUUGAAGGCAGAUAGGGUUUGUGAGAUGGACUUCCAUUUCUAGCUGUCCUCCCAGGCUAUGAGCCUGGUUGCCAAGAGACAGAAGCCACAGUAGGUGCACCUUUCGCUUCUGCACUUAUUGAGACCCAGUGUGGUGUUGCAGAUUGUGUCAGACUUGCACCGGGGGCAGAGGAACGCCAAAUUCCCACUAGGCCAUAAAGAUCUUUGGGUGAUUUGUUACACAGUGGGCCUGUUCAGAUUACAUGCUAAGCCAUGGUUAGGCCAUUAACCCUUUUGCAGCGAAUGGUUAGUGAGCGUGUUUAAACCAUGUUUAUAAAGCCGCCAUGGUUAAGAAUGAUUCACAUGACACGCUAAGCCAUAAUGCUUAGCUAAAAACGUUUAACCACUGUGGCUUAGCGUGUCGUCUGAACAGGGCCCCUGUUCAGAUGACAUGCUAAACCAUGGUUAGGCCACUACCCUUUUGCAGCGAAUCGUUAGUGAGCUUGUUUAAACCAUGGUUAUGUAGCCACCAUGGGUCACACGACAUGCUAAGCCAUAAUAUUUAGCUCAAAAUGCUUAACUACUGUUGCUUAGCAUGUCAUCUGAACAGGGCAACUCUCUGCCUAACCUGCUUCACAGGGUUGUUGUGAAGAUAUACCCAGAUCAUCUCAUGGGCUAAGCCCUGAAUUCCCUGGAUUAAGGAUAUGAACCUGAGAAUGAGAUGAUGAUUACUACUAGUAGUCACUUAUCAGGCUUAGCCCAUCUGCGUGAACCCCAGGAAGCAGUGAUGAACAACAAGCCACUAGAGAACCCUUGCUGCUGUCAGCAAUUAUAUUAAACAUAUUUUAUGGGGUCUGUAAUGGAAUAAUCUGGUUUCCCCUACUUGCCUAGUGUGGUUCAGCCCCACUGGGAGUGUCUCUGGCUUUGUUCCAUCUUCUCUGCCUGUUUGUUGAAGCAUGUAGAAGUUUGCAUACACUGCUUUGCUUUGCUAAGGGAAGGUUAUGUUUCCAUGUGUUGUUAAUAAUAA